CUCUCUCUUCCUGUGUAAUGUUCUGUAUUUCCUUCACAGCAUCCCUUCUCACCCACUCAACACAGAAAAAAUGCUCUCUCAUUAACACUCUCUUCUCUUUUCUUUUCUUCUGUGAAUGCCUCCAGGCCAAACAAGAGAAAAACAGGGGCAAAAUCCGCAAAUAUUACCCGCAUUAUCAUAUCCUCAUCCUCCUAGUCUUUAAACAAAACAUAAACAACGGCCAAAACGGAGAAUGCGAACCCAAUUCUUUUUCAUUCCCGUUCUUUUUGUAGUUCUAAUACAGGUGACCAAACCAGAUCUUGUCACUGACAGAGUAGCGCUUUUGGCCCUUCGUUCCUCGGUCGGAGGUCGAACCCUGUUCUGGAACAUCUCUAGCCAGAGUCCAUGCUCCUGGUUUGGGGUCAGGUGCGAGCAGAACCGCGUUACAGGGCUUAGGCUGCCUGGUGUUGCACUCUCUGGCGCAAUCCCACUUGGCAUUUUCGGGAACUUGACUCAGCUGCGCACGCUGAGUCUCCGUCUCAACUCUUUAACCGGACAACUCCCUUCGGAUCUUGCUCUUUGUGAAAAUCUCCGAAACCUUUACUUACAAGGGAACCGUUUUUCGGGUGAGAUCCCGGAGUUCUUGUUUGGUCUUCAUGAUUUAGUGAGGCUAAAUCUUGGCGGUAAUAAUUUUUCUGAGGAAAUUUCUGUUGGGUUCAACAAUUUGACAAGGUUAAGAACUUUGCUUCUUGAUAGCAACAGCCUUUCUGGGUCUGUACCUGAUUUGAGUUCUUUGCAAAAUCUCGAUCAGUUUAAUGUGUCAAAUAAUUUGUUGAAUGGGUCAAUCCCGAAGGGGUUACAGAAAUAUGGGUCCGGUGCUUUUCUGGGGAAUUUGCUUUGUGGACAACCACUUGAUAAGGCUUGUCCUGCUACUGCUGUUGCUGGGAAUGCGACUGAGCCUGCCAAUCCAACAGAUGAGAACAAAGAAGAGAAAGAGAAGAAGAGCAAGUUGUCUGGGGGUGCAAUUGCAGGUAUUGUGAUUGGAUCUGUGCUGGGAUUUCUAUUGAUUGUUUUGAUUUUGAUGAUUUUAUGUAGAAAAAGGAGUAGAAAGAAUAGGAGGUCAAUUGACAUUGCUUCGAUUAGAAAUCAAGAAUUGGGGAUUCCCGGAGAUAAAUCAGGUGGGGAAUUGGAGAAUGGUGGAUAUGGAGAUGGGUAUUCAGUGGCGGCGGCAGCAGCAGCAGCAGCAAUGGUGGGUGGUGGUGGAGUGAAAGCAGGUGAAACCAAUGGGACCGGAGCUAAGAAGUUGGUUUUCUUUGGGAAUGCGACGACAGUGUUUGAUUUGGAGGAUUUGUUGAGAGCUUCCGCUGAGGUUUUAGGUAAAGGAACGUUUGGAACAGCAUAUAAAGCAGUGUUGGAAGGUGGAAAUGCAGUGGCUGUCAAGAGGCUCAAGGAUGUGACAAUUUCUGAGAGGGAAUUUAAGGAUAAGAUUGAAGGAGUUGGAGCUAUGAAUCAUCAAUAUUUGGUCCCUCUCAUAGCUUACUAUUACAGUAGGGAUGAGAAGCUUCUUGUCUAUGAUUACAUGCCCAUGGGAAGCUUAUCUGCCCUUUUGCAUGGGAACAAAGGAGCAGGAAGGACACCACUGAACUGGGACAUUAGAUCUGGAAUUGCUCUUGGAGCUGCCCGUGGAAUCGAGUACCUGCACUCUCAAGGCCCUAAUGUCUCUCACGGAAACAUAAAAUCAUCAAAUAUCCUCCUCACUAAAUCCUAUGAAGCUCGAGUUUCUGAUUUUGGCCUAGCACAACUUGUAGGGCCUUCCUCCACACCCAGCCGAGUGACUGGGUACCGGGCACCAGAGGUAACUGACCCCCGCAAAGCCUCACAAAAGGCUGACGUUUAUGGCUUUGGCGUGUUGCUUUUGGAGCUAUUGACUGGGAAAGCCCCCACCCAUUCAAUCUUGAAUGAGGAAGGGAUUGACCUCCCAAGAUGGGUGCAGUCUGUUGUUCGGGAGGAAUGGACUUCUGAGGUUUUUGAUCUUGAACUCCUCAGGUAUCAGAAUGUGGAGGAAGAGAUGGUUCAACUCUUGCAACUUGCAGUAGAUUGUACUGCCCAAUACCCUGACAAGCGCCCCUCCAUGUCUGAAGUAACAAGGCGUAUCGAGGAGCAUCGUGGUUCUAGUUUGCGAGAAGGUAUUGAUGCACAACCUGAUAAUGUCAAUGAUGCAGAUGAUUCUCGAUGAGUUAGGUUAUGGCUGCCAUAAUACCAUUUUCUCUAACGGGUAGAUGGAUUAUCCCUGCUUUUGUUAUGUCCAUAAUUAGCAUGUUAAGUUUGGUGGCUUUGUUGUAUGCUUGACCUCGGUCUAUUAUUUCCUUUAUAGGGUGCCAAUUGUCUGUAUCUUUCUUUUUCCCCCCUCUUUUCCCCUUAAUUCCCCGUUGGCCACUGCUUUUUGUUUAUUUUUUUUUUACAUUUAUACUUUGAUGUGGAUAUCUGUCCCAUUUGUUCUUGUUGGGUGGAUCUCGGUGGUUGUAAUUAUUACUUUUGCUUUUAGUUUUUCGGCUUUUGCUUUUGGUGCAACUUUUGAUCUGUUUCGACUUUAGACCAGGCUGCUUUAAUUACUUUUAAAAGGUUGGUUUUGAUAUAUAUUAACAAAUGAGA